AUGCAAGUUGACGUUAACAGCCCAGAAACACCUGUCGACUAUAUGGAAGAAGAUACCGUUGACACCAAUGACCAAGAUGACUUGUAUACCGUAUCCACUCUUAUCGACGACCUCAAGCACGACGACGUCCAAUGCCGCAUUAACGCCAUAAGAAAACUUCCUGUCAUUGCUACUGCUUUGGGUGAACAGCGUACACGAGACGAAUUGUUGCCAUUUCUACAAGAGUUACUGGACGAUGAGGAUGAUGUCCUUGUUGUACUUGCCGAUCAGCUAUCGCAAUUGGUGGAUUCAGUGGGUGGCACUGACUAUGCGCAUUGUUUAUUGACGCCUUUGGAGAACCUCUCUACUGUGGAAGAGCCAUCCGUUCGAGAACAUGCUAUCACCUCGCUUUGCCAUUUGACGCAGCAAUUUUCUCAUCCUCAAGUGGAGCAACAUGUCGUCCCCCUUCUCAAUCGAUUAAGCUUGGGUGAAUGGUUUACAAGUCGAUCCGCUGCCACUGGACUUUAUGCAGCUGUCUACAAAAAAGUACCAACCACUGUACAACAGGAAUUCAGAAACAACUUUGCACAAUUGGUUGGAGACCCAAGUCCCAUGGUCAGGAGAUCAGCUGCCAAAUGUUUGGCUCAAUUGAAUGCUGAACUUGGUUUGGAAGAUGUGUUGGGAUUCGGUUUGCAGCUGUUCAACCAAAUCACAUCCGAUGAUCAAGACUCGGUGCGUCUCUUGGCUGUGGAUGUCAUGAUCGCCAUUGCCAAACUGUUGUCAAUAGAGCAGCGUACAGAGCAUUUGUUACCAGCUUUUCAAGCAUUGGCUAGCGACAAGUCAUGGCGUGUCAAAUACAUGGUGGCUUCUGAAUACGUCGAGAUAGCCAAUGCAUUCAAGAACCCGAUCGUUAGGGAUCAUUUGGUACAACCCUUUGUCGACCUUAUCAAGGAUCCAGAAGCUGAAGUGAGAACAGCAGCUGCAUCACAAAUCUCAGGAUUUUCACAGUAUCUUGAAAAGCCUAUGGUUGUCGAGCAUUUGCUGCCUUGUGUCGAAGAACUUGUCGCCGAUGGAAAUGAACAUGUUCGUGCUGCACUUGCCAAAGAAGUCAGCGGUUUAGCACCCAUCCUUGGAAAGGAAGCAACACCAAAGUAUUUAUUGCCGAUAUUCCUCCAUUUACUUCGAGACGAGUCUCCAGAGGUGCGACUGAAUGUGAUUUCUAAAUUGGAUGAGUUGAAUGAAGUGGUGGGCGUGGAAUCCUUGUCACAGUCUUUGCUACCAGCCAUUAUGGAGCUUUCGGAAGAUAAUCAAUGGCGUGUACGACUGCAGAUCAUCGAAUACACACCUGUUGUCGCAAAGCAAUUAGGAGAAAAGAUGUUUGACGAGAAGCUGUUUGAAUUAUGUAUCUCGUGGCUACGUGAUAAGGUGUAUGCAAUUCGCGAAGCUGCAACGACCAACUUGAAGAAUCUUGCAAAGGUGUUUGGUGCAGCAUGGGCUAAACGAACAGCGAUCCCCAAAGUGCUACACAUGGUUCACGAGGAGAGCUAUCUGUAUCGGAUGACCACUUUGUUUGCCUUAACGACCCUUGCUCAAGUACUUCCUGCUGAAGAUAUUAAAGAAUCGGUGUUGCCUACCAUUGUCAGUCUUUCAAACGACCCCAUUCCGAAUAUACGAUUCAACGUUGCAAAGACUUUGGAGACAUUGAUGCCGCUCUUGAAACAAGAUGGAGACACGCUGGCUAAUACAAUUCAUCCAGUGCUACAAAAGCUAUGUGGCGACACGGAUGUGGAUGUACGCUUUUAUGCGACGCGAGCACUAGAGAGCGAAGACAACAACAACAACAUGAAUGAUGAUGAUGCGAUGGCCAGUGCCGGAAGCAAAUUGUAA